GUAGUCCCUCGCAAUCUGAUCAUCUGGGGAGUAGGAGAGGCGGAGGCACAGUGGCAAGGAGGGAGGUCAGAGGAGGGACGAAGAGAGGGAAGGGAGGCAUUCAGUCGGUGGAGGAGGACUGGAAAGGGUAGUGGGCGGCAGUAGAUGAGAGAGAAAAGUUCCUUGGUGGAGGGUCGUCUGUUGUUACGAAGACGGCGGACGAGGAGGUGGUGGUGUGGUGAUGGUGGUGGUGGCGUUGUUGUAGUGGCAGUGGUGCUAAGGUGCUGAAGUGAGGUGCUCGUGUGGCUUGUGGUGGUGACGUGGGAGUGCGAGUGUGGUGUUGACAAGGCGCCAGUUGCUCUUUCCUGAUUAUUACGUGAUGGUACAAGCAACAGUAGAAAAUAAUACAUGUCCCUGGAGGGAAGUGUGUCACCAAGUACUUGUAAAUAAGUGAACUCCCCGCACCCUCCUCGCAACUUCCCCACCUCCCUUACACUCCCAGAGGAGCAGGAACGUGCGCGAAACGGAACGAAAACUUUCAACUCAAUUUUGAAAGCAAUCGCUCAGCCGUAACCUUUCAGAAGAGGCAGGCGCAGCUCUCAGGGACGUGAUGGCGCGCUGAGGGGUAACAGGGAAAGCAAACAAAACACUUAUACGUAUCAGCAAACAAGCGAGUCUCUUAAGCUGAUCGAUAAUGAGUUAAAAAAGGAGGAACAGUAGAACAUCGAUUAAAAAAUACCAAUAAACGAACUUGGUAGUUGCUCCUUUUCUCUCUCACACACACACACACACACACACACACACACACACACAGACAGCAGGCGUGGGCAGGUAAGAGGAGAGAGUGAGCGUCUUGGCAGUGCAGUGGAUGAAGAAGGAGAGGAGGCAAACACCACAGCGACGCGCGAGACCGAAAAGUCGUCAUCAUUAAUGGAGGAGGCGGGUAGAGGCGGCGUCCCCCAGUAACAUGUCGGGCCUGUUAAGCAUCGGGUCCAGAGCGGCUAGUGUGCGUCGCCAACGUCGUCACCUCGCGUCCACCUCCGCCCACACCUCCCCGACGCACUCACACAGGUCGUCCCUCACCCAUCUGUCCCCCGGCGAGUUUACCCGUCCCUCCGCCCACAGUGCCCCCGUCAGCCCAGCCCACACGCCCGUCUCGCCUAAGUCACCCCCGAGUCAAAAACGUCCCACUAACCUUAACCUCCUCGCGCCGCCCAGUGAAGCACCUCAGCAAGGGGCGAAGAGCGCACCAGCCACGCCCCACGAUCGCUCCCGGUCGCGCAGUGGGUCAACAAAGGCGCCGAGGUCAAGUGGCGGGUCACCUACAUUCGCGAGGCCCAGAGGUGGAUCAUCCGUUUUCGUUGUACAGUCAGAAAACGAAUCGCCAACUUUGAUAAGGGCAAGCAGGUCAAGGAGUGGAUCGCCGCCCUUCGUCAGUGUGCAGACCGGUUCACCGACCUUCGUGAGAUCAGACGACGGUUCACCUGUGUUCGCAAGGUCACAUACUGAAUCGCCUACGUUCGUCAGAUCAAGAAGUGGAUCACGCACGUUCGUAAGGUCACAAACUGGAUCACCUACGUAUGUAAGAUCGAGAAGUGGCUCACCUACGUUCAUAAGGUCACAAACUGGAUCACCUACCUUCGUAAAAUCGAGAAGUGGAUCGCCUACGUUCUCGAAGUCACGUAGCGGGUCAUUCAGGCGCUCCCGGUCCACCAGCAGGUCACGCACGCCCAUCAUCAGCAAGUCGUGCACGCCGUCCCCGUCUGAGGCGCAGGACGGGUCGUUCAGCCCCUCGCCGCCUUACCACAGGUCGCCGCGUGCCUCCCUCACCUCCUUCACUAGGUCGUCACCGUCGCCGUCUCCGUCAUUCAGGGAAUCGCCCACUCGCCACCCAUUCUACCUCAGAGGAACCAGCGCCACCUCUUGGUCCUUCAGGGGUUCCUCCGCCACCACGCCCCUCAGCCCCGCGCCCCCCUCCACCUCCACCUCCUACAGCACCUUCGACUCCCUUCCCUGGGGCCUUAGUCACUUCCACCACCAGGUGUCAGUGGACGACCGACGGCAGCUCUUUUCGGCGGGCAAGCUAAACGUAGAGACCGGGAUGUCGGCUUACGGCUCCAUCGUGUACCAGAUGAAGGACGCCAACAUGGAGGCGAACAGCACCUGCGAGUUCGUCUACAAGGCGCUCAAGAUCUUUAGCAAGACAGUGUUGAUGACUGUGCUGCUCAUCAUCACAAUAGCCGUGCCGGUGCUGAUGGUGAUCAUUGGCGUCCAGUACCUCCACGAGUGCCCCCUGGAGCCCAACAUCCCAAUUUACCUCCUCGUGGGCGGCUGCUUCGGAACAAUGAAAAUGCUGUGGCUCGUGUGUCAACAGAUAAGGUCACGCCGCUACGAGAGAAUUGAUGACGCCUUCGCCGAGGACAGCCUGGACGAGAUCUUCACCUCUACCAGCUACCGGGCGACCGACGUGGCCCUCACCAUCUUCCUCAUCGUGUGGUUUGGCAUGGGCAACUACUGGGUGUACCGCAUCUACCCGCCUAACUUCCUCUUCACUCUCUUCGCACCCAAUGACUGGUGCUCCAAGACGCUGUACCUCUUCGCGGUGGCUCAGCUGCUGUUCGUGUACGCCGUGCUCGGGUGUCUGGUGGUGCUGAUAUUCUUCCUCGCCUGCGGCCAGAAAUGCGUCAUGCUGUUCGGCGAGAGCUACAAGUGA